UGCUCUUCAUUGCCCGGUACUAAAGAAUUAAGAAAGUCCUAUUACACCUAAUCGAACUAAUAUCACACAAUCGCUUAAGUGAAGAUAUAUAAACAUAAGUCAUGGUGUAUGUAUAAAAGUGUCCGCACAAUUGCCAUUGUGCUAAAGCAAUAAUCACAACAGCUCUCUGUCCACACAAGUCAAAAUAAUAAAACUUAACCUCUACUUCUUUUCGCUUAUACAUCAGUACGUACAGAUCUUGUGCUACUAAGUAUACGCUCUUUUUGUAGCGCACGCAAAGUCCUUCGGAUACACCUAAUAUAAUAUAAGUUUUAAUCGCAUCCGCGAAAAUAUAUGUAGCGUAAGCGAAACAUUUUCCGGAAAAUUAUUUUCCGCCGUAGCUCAGUCUCAUUUUUAAAUAGACAAGGGCAAGCUUUUCGGCACGUCCUUUUUCAAAUACUCCCACGAUUAUUGAACGCAUGCGCAAAAUGCCCUCAGUCGGUUUACAGACCCCCCUGGUGCCGCAAAAUCCAUUUAGAUUUGCGAAUUAUUCCGCUUGCGCCCGCGCAGGUCAUCGGAAUAUUCUCAAUUCGCGACCUUCUUAUGACAUUCGUCGUUGCUCGUCGAUUAGCUCAGCACUGGUCAACGUCGAACAUCCUAAUCCUCGGCGCCGCUUAUUGCCGCUCAACGUCAUUCACCUCGUCUUCCUCUAUUGGAGUUCCAAGUUUUUUCCGGACACCAGUCAGCAACAAUAACAAAAUCAUGGCGCUGAACAAGCUCAGCAUCGAUAAAGUCGACCUUGCCGGCAAAAGGGUUCUGAUAAGAGUGGACUUCAACGUACCCCUCAAGGAUGGAAAAAUCACCAACAACCAGAGAAUUACUGCAGCCCUUGACACUGUCAAAUAUGCAUUGGAAAAGAAGGCAAAGUCUGUUGUCUUGAUGUCCCAUCUGGGCAGGCCCGAUGGAUCAAAAAAUCUGAAAUACACUUUGAAGCCAGUUGCUGAUGAGUUGAAAACUCUGCUUGGCAAAGACAUUCAAUUUUUGGAUGACUGUGUGGGACCUGCAGUUGAGGCUGCUUGUGCUGAUCCAGCACCUGGAUCUAUCAUUCUUUUAGAGAACUUGAGAUUCCAUGUUGAAGAGGAGGGCAAGGGUGUUGGUCCUGACGGAAGCAAAAUCAAAGCCGAUAAGGACAAAGUCACAGAGUUCAGAGCUUCUCUGAGGAAGCUUGGAGAUGUAUACAUUAAUGAUGCCUUUGGUACUGCUCACCGUGCCCACAGUUCUAUGAUGGGUGAUGGUUUUGACAUCAGAGCCAGUGGUUUCUUGCUUAAGAAGGAACUGCAAUACUUUGCCAAAGCUCUGGAUAAUCCAGAAAAACCAUUCCUUGCCAUCCUUGGAGGAGCUAAAGUUGCUGACAAAAUUCAGCUUAUCAACAACUUGUUGGACAAAGUCAAUGAAAUGAUCAUUGGUGGUGGCAUGGCUUACACAUUCUUGAAAGUCACUAAGAAUAUGAAGAUUGGCAAUUCGUUAUUCGACGAGGAAGGAGCUAAAAUUAUUAAUGACCUCAUGAGCAAAGCUGAGAAGAACAAAGUUCAAAUUCACCUGCCAGUGGACUUUGUAACAGCAGACAAGUUUGCUGAAAAUGCGGCAGUUGGAGCUGCUGACGUCGAAAAUGGAAUUCCUGAUGGAUGGAUGGGCCUUGACGUCGGACCGAAAUCCAGAGACUUGUUUGCAGAGCCAAUCAAAAGGGCUAAAGUUAUUGUUUGGAAUGGACCAGCUGGUGUGUUUGAAUUUGACAACUUCUCCAAAGGAACUAAGAGUCUGAUGGAUAACGUUGUUGAAGCGACAAAGCGAGGUGCGACGACAAUUAUCGGAGGUGGUGAUACCGCUACUUGCGCUGCCAAAUGGAAAACUGAGGACCAAGUUAGCCACGUUAGUACAGGCGGCGGUGCAAGCUUAGAGCUUUUAGAAGGAAAGGUUUUGCCUGGCGUGGCUGCACUUUCGCCAGCGUAAAAAUUUUGUUAACUCGUAUUCAACGGCUAAAAGUUAGCCCGCGUUAAAGUGAUGUAUAAUAACGUUUAUCAAAUACAUUCUGCGUAUUGUAAAAUUUUGAUUUAAUCGUUUUCUUUUUUGUAAAUUUAGUAGUUUAUAAUCAAUGAAAAUAAAUAAAUACGUCAAAGUUGCCAGUUA